AUGACCUUCUGCUUGGCCUUGUACCACUCUCUCAGUGAGAGAGAAAACAUGGAGGUGGAGUUCGAUUAAAAGAGGUGUGUAUAAGAACCCCUUGAAUACGAGGGUGAGUCAGAGAGGACCGCUGAAGGAGAGCAAGCUGCUGCCGUUACAACUGCACACGUUAGACCAACGUUAGAACCACACAAUGCAAGCCUACCUUCUGUUUUCCAUCAGCCUGUAUCUGGCUGUUGGGAGCUUGGCAGAACGACCUCAUCCAUGCAAAUCACCACCUUUGGUCGAGGGCAGUAUGGCACUGACGAUCAUCAAGGAGAAAACAUUUGGUGUUGAGAAAUUCUCCUAUGAUGCUUUUGAAGAGAGGGUACACCUCCGACUUCUUCUGGACCAGGACAACCACACCACCUACAGAGACACCCUUCUUCUUUAUAAAGAGGGUAUAGCUUACCAAAUCUUCCGUCACAACCAAACCUGUGAGAAGGUCCACUUUAAGGAUCCCUGGAAGCCAAUGGAGAUCCCCAGGGAUGCCAAAUUCCAAUCACAGGUGAUCAUUGGGAGCCUUUCCGCUCCUGCAGAAGGGCUGCUGGUCAACAACUGGUCAGGAACAAUAGCAGAGCCUCACGAUGAUUACCUGCUCACUUUCACUGAGUUUGGUUGCCUGCCCGUUCAUGCCUGGUGGUACAACAAUGAGCAUCAAACCCUUAUGAGUUUGAGUUUCUUUGACAUGGUGCUCGGAGUUGAGGACCCUGAAGUUUUCAACCCUCCUUCUUUCUGUGACAAAGCAGAGCCGGGCAAUGAUGCAGCACUGACAAGUUUCUUUGAUGCCCUGAUUUGAGUUAAUAGUAACGCAUCAAAGCAUUUUGCACUUCCUACUCCACUAUGAUCAUUUAAAGUAAUUACUUCAUAAACUAUAUUAAACUAUUGUUAACACAAUAAA